GCCGCAGCAGGCGAAGAGCGAGGAGGGCCUCUGAAAAUGGAAACAAACUCUCUGAGGACAAAAGUUCCAGCUUUCUUAUCCGAUUUGGGGAAGGCCACAUUAAGGGGGAUCAGAAAAUGUCCUCGCUGUGGCACAUACAACGGCACCCGGGGACUGAGCUGUAAGAACAAGACUUGUGGCACAAUAUUCCGCUAUGGAGCCCGGAAGCAGCCCAGUGUUGAGGCUGUGAAAAUCAUUACAGGCUCCGAUCUACAGGUCUACUCGGUGCGACAAAGAGACCGGGGCCCUGACUACAGAUGCUUUGUGGAGUUAGGGGUUUCAGAGACAACAAUCCAGACCGUGGAUGGGACAAUCAUCACUCAGCUGAGCUCCGGACGAUGUUAUGUUCCCUCGUGCCUGAAAGCAGCUGCCCAGGGUGUUGUGGAAAACCAGUGCCAGCACAUCAAGCUGGCAGUGAACUGCCAGGCAGAGGCCACCCCCUUGACCCUGAAGAGCUCGGUCCUGAAUGCCAUGCAGGCCUCCUCAGAAACCAAGCAGACCAUCUGGCAGUUGGCCACAGAACCCACAGGUCCCUUGGUACAGAGAAUUACUAAAAACAUUUUGGUGGUGAAAUGCAAGGCAAGCCAGAAGCAUAGUUUGGGGUAUUUGCAUACGUCCUUUGUGCAGAAAAUCAGCACAAAAAGCUUGCCUGAGCGCCGUUUCUUCUGUUCCUGCCAGACUCUGAAACCACACAAGUCACAUGCCCCCAGCGAGGAGGCAGCCCAGAGAUGCAUUCAUUUCUUUGCUUGCAUCUGUGCUUUUGCCAGUGACGAGACAUUGGCUCAGGAAUUCUCAGACUUCCUAAAUUUUGAUUCCAGCGGUCUUAAAGAGGUUAUUAUACCUCAAUUAGGUUGCCAUUCAGAAUCAACAGUUUCAGCUUGUGAGUCCACUGCCUCUAAGCCAAAAAAGAGGAAAAAGGAGGAGGUGUCUGGUGCACAGAUGAAUAGUCCAUUGUCUCAAGAAGCAGUGAGCAGUAAUCUAAGGAAAAGUGGCCUGAAGAAGCCUGUUGUUGCUUCAUUAAAAAGGCAGGCUUGUGGUCAGCUACUAGAUGAGGCACAAGUGACUUUAUCCUUCCAAGACUGGCUGGCCAGUGUUACGGAGCGCAUCCACCAAACCAUGCACUACCAGUUUGAUGGAAAGCCAGAGCCCCUGGUGUUCCACAUUCCUCAGUCCUUUUUUGACGCCCUGCAACAGAGAAUAUCCAUGGGGAGUGCAAAAAAACGACUCCCAAACUCCACCACAGCUUUUAUUCGGAAAGAUGCCUUGCCACUGGGAACAUUUUCAAAGUAUACUUGGCAUAUCACUAAUAUCCUACAAGUUAAACAAAUCCUAGAUACACCAGAGAUGCCCUUGGAAAUUACCCGAAGUUUUAUUCAGAAUCGGGAUGGGACUUAUGAGCUAUUUAAAUGCCCGAAAGUAGAAGUAGAAAGCAUAGCAGAAACCUAUGGCCGGAUAGAAAAGCAGCCUGUUCUGCGGCCCUUGGAACUGAAAACUUUUCUCAAAGUCGGUAACACUUCUCCAGAUCAAAAGGAACCAACACCUUUCAUCAUUGAGUGGAUCCCAGAUAUCCUUCCCCAAUCCAAGAUUGGAGAGCUGCGGAUCAAGUUCGAGUACGGUCACCACCGGAAUGGCCAUGUGGCCGAAUACCAAGACCAGCGACCGCCUCUGGGCCAGUCCUUGGAACUUGCACCUCUGACCACCAUCACUUUCCCUUGAAGCAAAGCAGGAGUCUCUUGUUGCUCAAUUUGCACAUACCCAGCCCUUCAUAACUUUAAAUAAUUGAGCACGUAGCUGGUCCUAUUCAAUAGUGAUCUGCUCUUAGCUAAGGGGUGGUUUCUCACACUCAGGUGGAUUUUGUUGAAGAAUCCUCGCAAAUAGCCUUUCAGUGUGUUGUGUACAGUCAGCAUAAAUUGGGUCAUAUUUCUGGCAGAGUUUUAAGAGGAGCCAAACAAAAAUUGGUUGAUUUUCCUUGGCUGGAGAGUUAUUCGUAGAGUUUAAUAUUUUUCUUCCUCUGUAAGAAGUUAGCAAUGCUGCA